AUGCUGCCAACACUCAGGAGGACGAGCAUCCUCAGCAAGCUUUUCGGCGAGUUCAAAGCCAAGACCGUUGUCACGCUCUUCCACGAGCCCGCGUCCGCGUCGUCCAUGCGCGUUCUCAACCUGGUUAAGCAGGCCGAGGCCGAGGCCAACACCACCAAGAAAGAUACCGAUGUCGAAGUCACCUUGGACGUCCAGGAAGAACCGCCCACGAGCGACCAGGUGGCGAUACUUCUGGAUUACGUCGGUGCCAAGGACGCGGGCAAGAUCAUUCAGGGUGCGACGGACGAACACGGGGCGCUGAGGAAGUUCAAGGCGAACAAGAGCAGCUUCGUUAAGCCGUUGAUUGUGGAUUGGGGAGGUGGCAAGGUCGUCACUGAUGAUAACGAGUCGAAGAUCCUGCGCCUACUGAAGGACGCGCGCGCCGGAGAACCUAUUCCUGACAAAUAA